AUGACGUCUUGGAAAAUCGGAAAUCGGAACAUCGUCGACUGGUUCCAACGGCAAGAAGGGCUGAAAGAUGCCCAUCAGGAUCAGUAUCUGGAAAAGGUGGAGAUUUAUCCAAGGCAUGCAAAGGAAAUCACCCAGAAGUAUUGCAAAAGCGGAAAAAGAGCAAUAAGUUAUCCAGAAAAUAAAAAGUGGCAAAAAGAUUCCGCUAUCGGGUCUGGUCGCCAUUCCUCAAGUACCUCAAUGAGAAGACAAGUUUUACGACUAUUUUGCUGGCGGUGUUGUGGGAUUGUUAGGAUUUCUUACAAAUUCCUACUCUGA